UUUUUGUAUCAUGAUUUUCUUAGAACUUUUCAGAAUCUUUAUGUUUUUAAAAGCUCUAGAGUAAAGAAAAUAAGCUCUAUUGGUAUUUAGCACUUUUUUUUGGUUGCAAAUUUCACACACCAACGCACAAAUGAAGAAGAUGAAUAUGAUUACAAUGAAGAGAGGCGUCGCUAGAAGCUUGACCGACACGUCAACUUUCAGAUCCUCCUCACUUUCGUUCCUUCGUUCACUCUCUUCCACUUCCAGCACCACCGUCGACGUCGACGUCUCUGCUUCUUCCGUCGCGAAGCUUGUCACUCCCACUUUCCUUCAACCCAGAGUUGUUCUUUACGACGGCGUUUGCCAUCUCUGUCACCAAGGAGUGAAAUGGGUGAUCAGAGCUGACAAGGAUAGGAAGAUCAAAUUUUGCUGCGUUCAGUCUAAUGCUGCUGAGCCAUACUUGAGAGCAUCUGGUCUUCAACGAGACGAUGUUCUACGUCGCUUUUUAUUCAUUGAAGGCUUGAAUGUAUUCUCUCAGGGAUCUACUGCUGCAUUGCGUGUACUGUCAUACUUGCCAUUACCUUACUCUGCUUUGAGCUGGCUGUGGGUGAUACCAACUCCAAUAAGGGAUGCUGUGUAUGAUUAUAUAGCAAAAAACCGGUACAAAUGGUUUGGCAAGGCUGAAGAUUGUUUGGUUUUGCAAGAGAAGGAGCUGCUUGAGCGUUUCAUAGAUAGGGACGAAAUGAUGAAACGAGAUUCCUAGUUUUAAUAACUGCUGCCUCAUGAAUCAUGAUAGAUUAAUUAACACUAAUGUUACAGUAAUGUUUAUGUUUUAGUCUAAUGAAAGGGCCUCCACAAUUAGUAGUAUCCUUCACCCAACAUCAAUCACAAAUUCUUUUAGUUAUACUUUUAGAAUUAUAUGAAUAGCAAAAGUGUAGAUUUAUCAUUCAUCUUAUUUAAACGCUUUCUAGAUGCUGUAUUGUGCAGAAUUUGGAAAUAUUAAUCAAACAUCACAUUAUACACUUCAUUUGAUGCCGUAUUACUCUUUAUUUGUUAUCUAUAUACAAAUCAUUCUUUGAUUACCCGUA